CUUGUUUUCCCCUUCUCUUGUUUGUUUAGUAGUCUCUGUGCUUUUACCCAAAGCAACUUACACUACAUUCAAUAAAUACAUUUUAUUACAUUGUCAGUUUGUCAUUUAUCAUCUUAUCAGUUCAUGACUGUCCUUGAUCAGUCCUCCACCGCAGUGUGUGCUGGAGUCAAACCAAAACAGUUCAUCAGAAGUUUAGCCAGAGCGAAUCUUGUCAUGUACACAUUCUUGGAAUUCUUGGAAGCCCAGUAACUUCACAUUGUAUCUGUCUGACAGAGACUAUUCAUCCUGCGUUUGGUUGUAUCUGCUCCGUGACUGACCAGGCAGGCAUGACCCUCUCACAGCGCAGAUAAACCUGCAUCCUCCAGCCUUUGACCUCCACUGGUUAUCACUACAGCCACAGAAGGUAAGAUGGAAGAAACUGAUUAUGUGAGAGCCAAGCCCGUGGCAGAAGACUCAAAUGCUGAUUCCAUCAAUAUUGACGAUGGGCGUUAUAAUGCGCUGCGUGAAGAUCUGGAAGCAGAUGCUCGGGAUUUUGAGGCUCCCACCUGGAGUUUAGCUGUUGACCAGGAGUAUUUAAAAAACUAUUCCAAAGAGGCCAUUAAAAGACAGGACGUAAUACAUGAGCUGAUUCAGACAGAAAUAAAUCACGUGCGGACGCUUAAGCUGGUUUUGGGUGUAUACGUGCGAGAACUACGUGAGAACCUGCAAAUGGAUGAGAUGCGACUAGAAAGACUCUUUCCACAGGUGGAAAACCUGCUCCAGGUGCACCAGCUUUUCCUUGACCGCCUUAAACAGCGAAGAGUCAACUCCAUGGAGGCAGGCAGUACCCAAAAUUACUGCAUCCACAGUAUUGGAGACAUCCUUAUCGCACAGUUCUCAGGUGAAAUUAGGGACAGAAUGCAGUACUGCUAUGGAGUGUUCUGCAGUCACCACACCGAUGCAGUCAACUUCUACAAAGACAUGAUGCAAAACAAGAAGUUCCAGGCUUUAAUACGAAAAAUAUGUCAGUUGUCCAUUAUACGGAGAUUAGGAAUCCCAGAGAUUAUUCUCCUUAUAACGCAGCGCAUCACAAAAUAUCCAGUUCUGUUUGAACGUGUCAUUAAAUACACUGAAGUUGACUCAGAGGAGCACAAAUGCUUAGUACGAGGUCUGGACUUGCUGAAAGACACCAUAUCACAAGUGAAUACUCACGUGGAUGAGUUUGAGAAGGCGUCAAGGCUAAAGGACUUGAGCAGUAAGCUGGAGCCCAAGUCCCAGGUCAAGAUGACCCACGGGCGAGUGUUUCGCAGAGAGGACAUGCUACAGGGCAAAAGGAUGCUGCUUCACGAGGGCAUGCUUAACUGGAGGUUAACUUCUAACAAAAGCAAAGAUGUCCUAGUCUUGCUGUUGUCAGAUGUUUUGCUGCUGUUACUGGAGAAAGAUCAGAGACUUACCUUUGCCUCUCUGGACGGUAAGCCUGCAGUGAUUUCACUGCUGAAGCUCAUUGUGCGUGAAGCGGCUCAUAACGAGAAGACCAUGUUUCUGAUCUCCGCCUCCUCGGACACUCCAGAGAUGUACGAGUUUCACACCUCCUCCGGAGAGGAGCGCAACACCUGGAGAGACAAAAUCUGGAAGGCCGUGGAACUCUGUCCAGAAGAUGAGGAAGAGGAGCCAGAAGAGCUCUCUGAGAAGAUCCAGGACUUUCAAAGGAGGCUUUACAUUCAUGAUGCCAUGAUAGAGCAGAACCUCACAGAAAAGCUGAAGUUAUUCACCAACAUUACAGCCUAUGUGACAGGUGUUACUGACAUCUCUCCAAGUGAGCGCCAUCUGCUGCGUGGGAAUGUAUCAGAGCCCCUGCAGGGGGAGCAACUCCUCGCUGGAGCCCUGAAAGAUGUGGAGAAUUUACAAAACUUGCUGGUAACAUGUGAGUACAGCCAAACUCCUCCUCCUCCUCCUGGUGAAGGGAUGGAUCUGGUGCCACUUCCCAAGAGACCUGAUGCUUUCAGAGGCUUUGAGAGUGAAACUUGCAUGCUACCUGGAAGUGGUAUUGAGAGUUAUUCCAAUGAGGACCUGGAGCUGUCGGCAGAUGAGGAGAUGACUCUACAGAGCUGGAGUGCAUAUCUGUCGGUCUUCUUCCCUAAAGCAGAGCUUUAUGACAUUGCAAAUAGAUUGUCUCAGAAACUUUACAGCCUUCAGUCCGUCGUCCAGCAGCAAGAGAGCCACAUCGAGUUGCAGCGCGCCACUAUUGAGGAGCUGAUGUCCCGCCCCCGGGGCAACACUCUCCUGGAGAAGGAAAAGCAUCGGAACCUGGAAAAGCAGCGUGAGGAGCUGGUCAACUUCCAGCGGCUCCGGAAUCAGCACCGACAGGAGCAGGUGCAGUGGGAGCAGGAAAGAGAAAGGCAGAGGGUGCAGGCAGAGGUCAGGGAGAAGGAGCUGAGCGAGAGAGAACUGGAAUGCAGCAAACUGGAAGAAAAGCUUACGGAAGAUAAACAGGAACUGGCCAGGGGCAGAAUGGAGUACCAGGAGGAUCUGGAACGGCUCCGAGACUCUAUGCGUAAUUUGCAGAAGGAGAAAGAAAAGGUGGAUCAGUUGCAGAAGAAGUAUAAGAAGUAUGAGAAGAAUGAGAACGUACCCAACACUGCAACCUUUCCCUUGGAGAAUGAACAGAUACAGUUACCUCCACCCUACCCCAUAUUGAACGUGGUUACUCCCGGCUUUGAAGAGAGGCCUCCUCUGGUACCGCCACGCAGGGAGAGCAUCAUUAACCUUCCUGUUAAAGCAGAAGUGCCCAUCCACCUCAUUAGUACCACCAACCAAUCCCACAAAGCCGGCUCUGUCCAACAGAAGAUCCCCACCAAGCUGGCCGCCCAACCGAAAGGCAAGGAGAAGCACAGCAAGCACAGGAACUCCCAUCAGCGCACCAACAGCGCAGCUGGCAUAGAGGUGUCUCAAUUACUUCCCAUCAAAGUUGCAGGAAAGGAAGGAGGCAGUUUAAGAGCCGUGAGAUCCAACAGUCCUCACCAACUCCGUCCAGAUACGUUCAUGCUUCCAGAGAGGUUAUCCAGCUCCGCACCCUCUCAUUCAGGAAAUGGCAGCAGGAAGCACAAUAACAAUCAUAACUCCCACAGUACCCAUUCAGGACAACAUAAACCCAAAGACAAUGCAGCUGCAGAAGACAUUUACUUCUUUUAAUGACUCUGUGUGAUCUGCAGGACUACAACAUGGGUUUUUUUCUCAAACAUGACCUGCAAAUGCAUUUUUCAAAGAAAUGAAAUCAUGCAAUUAUGAUUUCUGUUUUUACUCUGAUUUUUACCUUUGAUUGGAAAAAAAAAAAAAAUUCACAGGGUUAGUGAAAAAACACUUUAGGAAGAAUCAUUCCUGGCAGUACUUCUCAGAGUUUUAGGCCUCUUACAUUAACUAAACAAUCUCUUGUUUCCUGUUCAGUUCCACAUUACACAGUGGUCUUUGUCUUAAUGAUUUGUCAUUCCUGUAAAUAGCUGUUUUUAGUUAUUUAUUGUGAUUUUAUUUCAGAGGUGUUUGGCCCCACAAGCGUUACACUACAAAGUCUUAGUGUUCUUCCUGGACUCUUUAUAGGAGUCGAGUUUCUCAGCUGUGACAUUUUAAAAAAGUGUAGACCUAUUUAAUAUGUGGAAGACAGUUUUGGUUUAAAGUGUAAAUUUCCUUUUUCAUUUUCUCCUGUUUUUGUACAGAUGAAAGGGUCUUUUACAUAGUUUUGCUUCUGUCAACUGGAAAAUAAUGUUAUAUUUGAGCAAAUAUUUUAGUGGGUUUUUUUUUUUUUUAGAAAAAAAAUACUUGUUUUUCUUUUUGACUGGGGUAUAUGCUCUUCACUACUGGAUAUCAGAGGUACCACUCCUUAUUUCUUUUUAGUUUUUUUGUCAUUCAUUUAUAGUGUAUGUAGCUGGAUUAUUAUUUUGAUUUUAUUCUGAGAAAAUACAGACUGUCUUAAUUAGAAACCGUACAUUGUAAAUUGUGAGGACAAAAAGCUGUAUUUACUCUGCACUAAGAAAAACUGUUGCACUUUUAAGUGCUUGCCAUUUGCUCAGUAAAAUGAACAAACAUAAA